UGUCCUUCUUACUUUCCGUAGUGAGGGAAUCCAUGAAUGCACGCACUGGUAGAACGAAACUCUUUUAUUCAGUCCUUGAGAUACUUUUUAGGCUAUUACUAGCUAGCUAGCUAGCGACGUGAAUUUGUCCCUGAUUUGCUUCUCAGGUAACUUCAGCAUAUACCUAGGUGCUGUAGUUAGUUGUCUAUAGGUUUGCAUGCAUGUGUCAUUCAACUCAGUUAGUUGUUUGUGUAGCUGACUUGGUUAGCUUGCUAACAAACGUGUUGCCAUAAAGGUCCAUACUUUACCUAGCUAGCAAGCUAGCUCUGGUCCAGGGCGGUAGCGUGCGUUCCUAGGUGACUCGAGGAACGCUUACUAAACGCCCUGGACCAGAGCUAGCAAGCUACCAUCUGUCUAACUAAAGUAAUAAAACAUUUUUAUUAUUGGCUUUUCCCUAUAGACAUCUCUAAGCAGCAUGGACAGUGAGUGCCUGGUGCUGCUGCCUCGGGUGUGUUCUGUACUAGCGGACCCCAGACAGUCCCUACCAGAUGACACCAGCCUCGAGAAACUGCUGGACUGGUUCACCGGUCUCACCAAGGAGGGUGAGGACACACUUACACACAGGCCUCACACAGCGAGGAUGAGGAGGAGAGACUAGCUAUAAUCUCUCACACACAGCGAGGAUGAGGAGGAGAGACUAGCUAUAAUCUCUCUCACACAGCGAGGAUGAGGAUAGGAGGAGAGACUAGCUAUAUAUCCUCUCACACAGCGAGGAUUGAGGAGGAGAGACUAGCUAUAAUCUCUCUCACACAGCGAGGAUUGAGGCCGGAGAGACUAGCUAUAAUCUCUUCACACAGCCGGGACGAGGAGGGGGUGGGGAGAUAUCUAUAAUCUUCUCACACGCGCGAGGAUGAGGAGGGAGAGAACUAGCUUAUAAUCUCUCACAGCGGAGGAUGAGGAGGAGGAGGAGACUAGCUAUAAUCUCUCUCACACAGCGACGGAUGAGGAGGGAAGAGACUGAGCUAUAAUCUCUCUCACAACAGCGAGGGACGAGGAUGGGAGGAGAGGACUAGCGCUAUUAAUCUCUCUCACACCAGCGAGGACGAUGAGGGAGACUAGCUAUAAUCUCUCUCACACAGCGAGGAUGAGGAUAGGGAGGAGGACUAGCUAUAAUCCUCUCACACAGGUGAUGGAUGAGGAGGAGAAGGACUAGCUAUAAUCUCUCACACACAGCGAGGAUGAGGAGGAGAGACUAGCUAUAAUCUCUCUCACACAGCGAGGAUGAGGAGGAGAGACUAGCUAUAAUCUUCUCACACAGCGAGGAUGAGGAGGAGAGACUAGCUAUAAUCUCUCACACAGCGAGGAUGAGGAGGAGAGACUAGCUAUAAUCUCUCUCACACAGCGAGGAUGAGGAGGAGAGACUAGCUAUAAUCUCUCUCACACAGCGAGGAUGAGGAGGAGAGACUAGCUAUAAUCUCUCUCACACAGCGAGGAUGAGGAGGAGAGACUAGCUAUAAUCUCUAUCACACAGCGAGGAUGAGGGGGAGAGAGACUAGCUAUAAUCUCUCUCACAGCGAGGAUGAGGAUGAGGAGGAGAGACUAGCUAUAUCUCUCUCACACAGCGAGGAUGAGGAGGAGAGACUAGCUAUAAUCUCUCUCACACAGCGAGGAUGAGGAGGAGAGACUAGCUAUAAUCUCUCUCACACAGCGAGGAUGAGGAGGAGAGACUAGCUAUAAUCUCUCACACAGCGAGGAUGAGGAGGAGAGACUAGCUAUAAUCUCUCUCACACAGCGAGGAUGAGGAGGAGAGACUAGCUAUAAUCUCUCACACAGCGAGGAUGAGGAUGAGGAGGAGAGACUAGCUAUAAUCUCUCUCACACAGCGAGGAGAGAGGGAGGGACUGAGGAUGAGGAGGAGAGACUAGCUAUAAUCUCUCACACAGCGAGGAUGAGGAGAGACUAUAUAAUAAUAAUAAGAUGCCAUUUAGCAGACUCUUUUAUCCAAAGUGACUUACAGUCAUGUCUGCAUAAAUUUUUACGUAUGGGUGGUCCCGGGGAUCGAACCCACUACCCUGGCGUUACAAGCGCAGUGCUCUACCAGCUGAGCUACAGAGGACCAUACUACUGAUCCUUUACUGAUUACUGGCCUUGAUCAAAUCAAAUGUUAUUUGCCACAUGCGCCGAAUACAACAGGUGUAGACAUUACAGUGAAAUGCUUACUUACAAGCCCUUAACCAACAAUGCAGUUAAGAGUUUUUUUUUUUUUAAAGCAAAUAAUUAAAGAGCAGCAAUAAAAUAAAAUAACAGUAGGGAGGUUAUAUACAUUUUACAUGUACAUUUUAGUCAUUUAGUAGACGCUCUUAUCCAGAGCUACUUACAGUUAGUGAGUGCAUACAUUUUCAUACUGGCCCCCCGUGGGAAACGAACCCACAACCCUGGCGUUGCAAGCGCCAUGCUCUACCAACUGAGCUACAGGGGGUACCGGUACAGAGUCAAUGUGCGGGGGCACAGGUCAGUCGGGGUAAUUGAGGUAAUAUGUACAUGUGGGUAGAGUUAAAGUGACUAUGCAUGAAUAAUAAACAGAGUAGCAGCAGCGUAAAAGAGUGCAUAUAGUCCGGGUAGCCAUGAUUAGCUGUUCAGGAGUCUUAUGGCUUUGGGGGGUAGAAGCUGUUAAGAAGCCGUUUGGACCUAGACUUGGCGCUCCGGUAUCGGUUUAUACACUUAGUUUAUUUGACGAUGUGUUACAGGACUGUGGGGCAGGAAAAGUCUACAGCCCACAGCAGCUCUUUAUGGCCAUAACAGCUCUAAGCGAUCAUGACCUACACAAUGUCUGCUUACCAAAUGGCACCCUGCUAUUCCCUACAUAGGGAACUUUUGACCAGGCACUGUGGGCACUACAUUUGACCAGGCACUGUGGGCACUACAUUUGACCAGGCACUGUGGGCACUACAUUUGACCAGGCACUGUGGGCACUACAUUUGACCAGGCACUGUGGGCACUACAUUUGACCAGGCCAUGUGGGCACUACAUUUGACCAGGCACUGUGGGCACUACAUUUGACCAGGCACUGUGGGCACUACAUUUGACCAGGCACUGUGGGCACUACAUUUGACCAGGCCAUGUGGGCACUACAUUUGACCAGGCACUGUGGGCACUACAUUUGACCAGGCACUGUGGGCACUACAUUUGACCAGGCACUGUGGGCACUACAUUUGACCAGGCACUGUGGGCACUACAUUUGACCAGGCACUGUGGGCACUACAUUUGACCAGGCACUGUGGGCACUACAUUUGACCAGGCACUGUGGGCACUACAUUUGACCAGGCCACUGUGGGCACUACAUUUGACCAGGCACUGUGGGCACUACAUUUGACCAGGCACUGUGGGCACUACAUUUGACCAGGCACUGUGGGCACUACAUUUGACCAGGCCUGUUGGGCACUACAUUUGACCAGGCACAUGUGGGCACUACAUUUGACCAGGCCAUGUGGGCACUACAUUGACCAGGCACUGUGGGCACUACAUUUGACCAGGCACUGUGGGCACUACAUUUGACCAGGCACUGUGGGCACUACAUUUGACCAGGCACUGUGGGCACUACAUUUGACCAGGCACUGUGGCACUACAUUUGACCAGGCCACUGUUGGGCACUACAUUUGACCAGGCACUGUGGGCACUACAUUUGACCAGUGCACUGUGGGGCACUACAUUUGACCAGGCACUGUGGGGCACUACAUUUGACCAGGCCAUGUGGGCACUACAUUUGACCAGGCACUGUGGGCACUACAUGUGACCAGGCCACUGGUGGGCACUACAUUUGACCAGGCACUGUGGGGCACUACAUUUGAACCAGGCCAUGUGGGCACUACAUUUGACCAGGCACUGUGGGCACUACAUUUGACCAGGCACUGUGGGUCAGCUACAUUUGACCCAGGCCAAUGUGGGGCACUACAAUUUGACCAGGCCACUGUGGGCACUACAUUUGACACCAGGUCACUGUGGGCACUACAUUUGGACUCAUGGCCCAUGUGGGCACUCAGCUACAUUUGACCAGGCACUGUGGGACACUACAUUUGACCGAGGUCCACUGUGAGGCACUACAUUUGACCAGGCCACUGUGGGCCAACUACAUUUGACCAUGGCACUGUGGGCAACGACAUUUUGACCAGGCCGUGUGGCACUACAUUUGACCCGGCCAAUGUUGGGCACUACAUUUGACCAAAGGGCCAGUGUGGGCACUAACAUUUGACCAUGGCCACUGUGGGGCACUACAUUUGACAAGGCCAUGUGGGCACUACAUUUGACCAGGCCACUGGUGGGCACUAUACUACAUUUGACCAGGCACUUGUGGGCACUACAUUGGACCAGGCACUUGUGGGACACUUACAUUUGCCAGGCACUUGGGCACACAUUUGACCAGGCCAUUGUGGGGCCACUACAUUGUGACCCAUGGCACUGUGGGCACUACAUUUGACCAGGCACUGUGGGCACUACAUUUGACCAGGCCAUGUGGGCACUACAUUUGACCAGGCACUGUGGGCACUACAUUUGACCAGGCACUGUGGGCACUACAUUUGACCAGGCACUGUGGGCACUACAUUUGACCAGGCGCUGUGGGAAUAGGGUGCCAUUUGGGACGCAGGCCAUAAUACUUAAUACCACCUGUGGUGAUGUUUUCCAGACCGUGGCCUGGCCCUGUUGGAGUCCUGCCCCUGUCUGGUGGACUACAUAUCCACCGCGUGUCUGGAUAAAACUACAGGUCCCAGCAUGCUUUCCUUCAGCCUCAAACUUUCCGGCCUGCUGGCGGCCAGCCAACACGGCUUCAACCUGCUGCAGGUGAGCUUAUAUAUAUAUAUAUAUAUAUAUACACACAGUACCAGUCAAGUUUGGACACACCUACUCAUUCAAGGGUUUUUCUUUAUUUGUACUAUUUUCUACAUUGUAGACUAAUAGUGAAGACAUCAAAACUAUGAAAUAACACAUAUGGAAUCAUGUAGUAACCAAAAAAAAGUGUUAAACAAAUCAAAAUAUGUUUUUUAUAUGAUUCUUUAAAUAGCCACCCUUUGCCUUGAUAACAGCUUUGCACACUCUUGGCAUUCUCUCAACCAACUUCACUUGGAAUGCUUUUCCAACAGUCUUGAAGGAGUUCCCAAAUAUGCUGAGCACUUGUUGGCUGCUUUUCCUUCACUCUGCGGUCCAACUCAUCCCAAACCAUCUCAAUUGGGUUGAGGUCGGGUGAUUGUGGAGGCCAGGUCAUCUGAUGCAGCACUCCAUCACUCUCCUUCUUGGUCAAAUAGCCCUUACACAGCCUGGAGGUGUGUUUUGGGUCAUUGUCCUGUUGAAAAACAAAUGAUAGUUCCACUAAGCCCAAACCAGAUGGGAUGGCGUAUUGCUGCAGAAUGCUGUGGUAGCCAUGCUGGUUAAGUGUGCCUUGAAUUCUAAAUAAAUCAGACGGUGUCACCAGCAAAGCACCAUAACACCACCUCCUCCAUGCUUUCACGGGGGGAACCACACAUGCGGAGAUCAUCCGUUCACCUACUCUGUGUCUCACGAAGACACGGCGGUUGGAGCCAAAAAUCUCACAUUUGGACUCAUCAGACCAAAGGACAGAUUUCCACCAGUCUAAUGUCCAUUGCUGAUGUUUCUUGGCCCAAGCAAGUCUCUUCUUCUUAUUGGUGUCCUUUAGUAGUGGUUUCUUUGCAGUAAUUAGACCAUGAAGGCCUGAUUCACGCAGUCUCCAAUGAACAGUUGAUGUUGAGAUGUCUGUUACUUGAACUCUGAAGCAUUUAUUUGGGCUGCAAUCUGAGGUGCAGUUAACUCUAAUUAACUUAUCCUCUGCAGCAGAGGUAACUCUGGGUCUUCCUUUCCUGUGGCGGUCCUCAUGAGAGCCAGUUUCAUCAUAGCGCUUAAUGGUUUUUGCGACGGCACUUGGAGAAACAUUCAAAGUUCUUGAAUUUUCCGGAUUGACUGACCUUCAUGUCUUAAAGUAAUGAUGGACUGUCAUUUCUCUUAGCUUAUUUGAGCUGUUAUUGCCAUAAAAUGGACUUGGUCUUUUACCAAAUAGGGCUACCUUCUGUAUACCACCCCUACCUUGUCACAACACAACUGAUUGGCUCAAACGCAUUAAGAAGGAAAGAAAUUCCACAAAUUAACUUUUAACAAGGCUCACCUGUUAAUUGAAAUGCAUUCCAGGUGACUACCUCAUGAAGCUGGUUGAGAGAAUGCCAAGAGUGUGCAAAGCUGUCAUCAAGGCAAAGGGUGGCUAUUUGAAGAAUCUCAAAUAUAAAAUAUAUUUUGAUUUGUUGAACACUGUUUUGGUUACUACAUGAUUCCAUAUGUGUUAUUUCAUAGUUUUGACCUCUUCACCAUUAUUCUACAAUGUAGAAAAUAGUAAAACAUUAAGAAAAAUCCUGUAUAUAUAUAUUCAAUCAAUCCAGGUAGCAUUGCAUGGGUAGAAACACACACAGGUAGAGUUGAGAUUAUCCUCUCCUCCUACUCAGUCAUUCAACCAUCCAUUCUGCUCAAUGAUGAAUCCCAAAUUCAGGCCCAGCAGGUGUAGUCAAUAUGGUAAUAGGAUAGAGUCAGUUGUAGUCAAUAUGGUAAUAGGAUAGAGUCAGGUGUAGUCAAUAUGGUAAUAGGAUAGAGUCAGUUGUAGUCAAUAUGGUAAUAGGAUAGAGUCAGGUGUAGUCAAUAUGGUAAUAGGAUAGAGUCAGUUGUAGUCAAUAUGGUAAUAGGAUAGAGUCAGUUGUAGUCAAUAUGGUAAUAGGAUAGAGUCAGGUGUAGUCAAUAUGGUAAUAGGAUAGAGUCAGGUGUAGUCAAUAUGGUAAUAGGAUAGAGUCAGGUGUAGUCAAUAUGGUAAUAGGAUAGAGUCAGGUGUAGUCAAUAUGGUAAUAGGAUGGAGUCAGGUGUAGUCAAUAUGGUAAUAGGAUAGAGUCAGGUGUAGUCAAUAUGGUAAUAGGAUAGAGUCAGGUGUAGUCAAUAUGGUAAUAGGAUAGAGUCAGGUGUAGUCAAUAUGGUAAUAGGAUAGCGUCAGGUGUGAAAGUCAAUAUAGUAAUAGGAUAGAGUCAGGUUAGUCAAUGGUAAUAGGAUAGAGUCAGGUGUAGUAAAUAUGGUAAUAGGAUAGAGUCAGUGUAGUCAAUAUGGUAAUAGAUAGAGUCAGGUUGUAGUCAAUAUGGUAAUAGGAUAGAGUCAGGUGUAGUCAAUAUGGUAAUAGGAUAGAGUCAGUGUAAGUCAAUAUGGUAAUAGGAUAGAGUCAGUGUAGUCAAUAUGGUAAUAGGAUAGAGUCAGGUGUAGUCAAUAUGGUAAUAGGAUGGAGUCAGGUGUAGUCAUAUGGUAAUAGGAUAGAGUCAGGUGUAGUCAUAUGGUAAUAUGAUAGAGUCAGGUGUAGUCAAUAUGGUAAUAGGAUGAGUCAGGUGUAGUCAAUAUGGUAAUAGGAUAGAGUCGGUGUAGUCAAUAUGGUAAUAGGAUAGAGUCAGGUGUAGUCAAUAUGGUAAUAGGAUAGAGUCAGGUGUAGUCAAUAUGGUAAUAGGAUAGAGUCAGGUGUAGUCAAUAUGGUAAUAGGAUAGAGUCAGGUGUAGUCAAUAUGGUAAUAGGAUAGAGUCAGGUGUAGUCAAUAUGGUAAUAGGAUAGAGUCAGGUGUAGUCAAUAUGGUAAUAGGAUAGAGUCAGGUGUAGUCAAUAUGGUAAUAGGAUAGAGUCAGGUGUAGUCAAUAUGGUAAUAGGAUAGAGUCAGGUGUAGUCAAUAUGGUAAUAGGAUAGAGUCAGGUGUAGUCAAUAUGGUAAUAGGAUAGAGUCAGGUGUAGUCAAUAUGGUAAUAGGAUAGAGUCAGGUGUAGUCAAUAUGGUAAUAGGAUAGAGUCAGGUGUAGUCAAUAUGGGAAUAGGAUAGAGUCAGGUGUAGUCAAUAUGGUAAUAGGAUAGAGUCAGGUGUAGUCAAUAUGGUAAUAGGAGAGAGUCAGGUGUAGUCAAUAUGGUAAUAGGAUAGAGUCAGGUGUAGUCAAUAUGGUAAUAGGAUAGAGUCAGGUGUAGUCAAUAUGGUAAUAGGAGAGAGUCAGGUGUAGUCAAUAUGGUAAUAGGAUAGAGUCAGGUGUAGUCAGUAUGGUAAUAGGAUAGAGUCAGGUGUAGUCAAUAUGGUAAUAGGAGAGAGUCAGGUGUAGUCAAUAUGGUAAUAGGAUAGAGUCAGGUGUAGUCAAUAUGGGAAUAGGAUAGAGUCAGGUGUAGUCAAUAUGGUAAUAGGAUAGAGUCAGGUGUAGUCAGUAUGGUAAUAGGAUAGAGUCAGGUGUAGUCAAUAUGGUAAUAGGAUAGAGUCAGGUGUAGUCAAUAUGGUAAUAGCUCUAUCUUGCCAGGUGGAGGUUUCACCAUAUUGUUUACACCAAUCUAAUCACCUCAGCUCUCCACCAGUGCAUAGGGUCGAGGGGUCCAUUUGGGAUUGGGCGUAAAACUAUCUUCACCUCCUAGACAUUCAUUGAUUUACUCUCUUCAUUCCAUCUCAGGAUCGAUCCAUCCUGGGCGUGGCCUACGACAGCGAGCGCUGGCAGGUGGCUGGCCUAUGGGAGGAUCCGAGCGUGCGGAUUGGCUGGAUCCAUGGCCUGAGUAACAUGAUGCACCACCCACAGGCCUUCCACUUCCUGGAUCAGGCUGGUAGGUGUUCCACAACUGGUAACUCUGCUAUCUCAGACUUCUGGACUUCAGUGCGUUCAAGACAACUGGCAACUCUGACUGGGGAAAAAAAUAGUUUUGAACGGUCAUCCAACUUUAAAUUCGAAGUCGGAAACUCUGGCAUCUUUCUAGAGCUCCGACUUUCCAACCUGAAGAUCACUGACAUGAUUUGAAUGCGUUUUGUUCCCAGUUCCCAGUUGUCAUGACAGCACCAGUAGUACUACAGGAGUGAUUUUAUUUUAUUAUUUUAUUUAACCUUUAUUAAACUAGGCAAGUCAGUUAAGAACAAAUUCUUAUUUACAAUGACGGCCUACACCGGCCAAACCCGGACGACGCUGGGCCAAUUGUGCGCCGCCCUAUGGGACUCCCAAUCACGGCCGGUUGUGAUACAGCCUGGAAUCGAACCAGGGGGUCUGUAGUGACGCCUCAAGCACUGAGAUGCAGUGCCACGGACCGCUGCGCCACUCGGGAACCCUCGGGAGUGUACUAUCUAGGGAAGCCUCUCUUAAAGUUUGGGUUUCUAUCGACGGGUUAGCUGAUAACGCCACGGAAACGAAGCUCGCGCGUCAAAGGGGCAGAAGGCCGUGUGUUGUUCUGGUUCUGGAUGGCCAGAUGGCCGUGUGUUGUUCUGGUUCCGGAUGGCCAGAAGGCCGUGUGUUGUUAUGGUUCUGGAUGGCCAGAAGGCCGUGUGUUGUUCUGGUUCUGGAUGGCCAGAAGGCCGUGUGUUGUUCUGGUUCUUGACUGGCUGCAUCACUUCUUGGUAUGGCAACUGCUUGGCAUUCGCCCGCAAGGCGCUACAGAGGGUAGUGCAUUACUGGGGCAGAGCUCCCUGCCAUCCAAAAUCACAUCAAAUGUUAUUGGUAACAUACACAUAUUUAGCAGAUGUUAUUGCGGGUGUAGUGAAAUGCUUGUGUUCCUAGCUCCGACAGUGCAGUAGUAUCUAACAAUUCACAACAAUACACACACAUCUAAAAGUAAAAUAAUGGAAUUAAGAAAUAUAUCAAUAUUAGGACGAGCAAUGUCUGAGUGGCAUUGCCUAAAAUACAGUAGAAUAGAAUACAGAAUAUACACAUGAGAUGAGUAAAACAGUAUGUAAACAUUAUUAAAGUGGCUAUGUAUCCAUGUCUAUGUACAUAGGGCAGCAGCCUCUAAGGUGCAGGGUUGAGUAACCGGGUGGUAGCCGGCUAGUGAUGGCUAUUUAACAGUCUGAUGGCCUUGAGAUAGAAGCAGUUUUUUCAGUCUCUCGGUCCCAGCUUUGAUGCACCUGUACUGACCUCGCCUUCUGGAUGAUAGCGUGGUGAACAGGCCGAGGCUCGGGUGGUUGAUGUCUUUUAUGAUAUUUUUGGCCUUCCUGUGACAUUGGGUGCUGUAGUUGUCCUGGAGGGCGGGCAGUGUGCCCCCGGUGAUGCGUUGGGCAGACCGCACCUCCCUCUGAAGAGCCCUGUGGUUGCGGGCGGUGCAGUUACCGUACCAGGCGGUGAUACAGCCCGACAGGAUGCUCUCAGUGGUGCAUCUGUAAAAGUAUGUGAGGGUCUUGGGGGCCAAGCCGAAUUUCUUCAGCCUCCUGAGGUUGAACAGCGCCUUCUUCACCACACUGUCUGCGUGGGUGGACCAUUUCAGAUUGUCAGUGAUGUGUACGCAGAGGAACUUGAAUCUUUUCCCCUUCUCCACUGCGGUCCCGUCGAUGUGGAUAGGGGCGUGCUCCCUCUGCUGUCUCCUGAACUCCACGAUCAGCUCCUUCAUUUUGUUGACGUUGAGUGAUAGGUUGUUUUCCUGGCACCACUCCGCCAGGGCCCUCACCUCCUCCCUGUAGGCUGUCUCGUCAUUGUUGGUUAUCAAGCCUACUACUGUUGUGUCGUCAGCAAACUUGAUGAUUGAGUUGGAGGCGUGCUUGGCCACGCAGUCAUGGGUGAACAGGGCGUACAGGAGGGAGCUGAGCAUGCACCCUUGUGGGGCCCCUGUGUUGAGGAUCAGCAAAGUGGAGGUGUUGUUUCCUACCUUCACCACCUGUCAGGAAGUCCAGGAUCCAGUUGCACACUGGCCCUCUAUACCUCUAUACCAAGCAGUGUCAGAGGAAGGCCCUAAAAAUGGUCAGACUCCAGCCAUCCAAGUCAUAGACUGUUCUCCCUGCUACCGCAUGGCAAGCGGUACCGAUGCACCAAGUCUGGAAACCAACAGGACCCUGAACAGCUUCUACCCCCAAGCCAUAAGACUGAUGAAUAGUUAGUCCUUGUAGCUAUUUGGUUAACUAUUUAACUGUCUGCAUUGACCCUUUUGCACUAACCGUUCUGACUCAUCCCAUACGCUGCUGCUACUGUUUUACUAUGUGUCACUUUAUUCCUAGUUACAUUGGGAAAGUAUUCAGACCCCUUCCCUUUUUCCACAUUUUGUUACUUUACAGCCUUAUUCUAAAAUGGAUUAAAUAAAUAAAAAUCCUCAUCGAUCUAAAAAAAAAAAAACAGAAAUACCUUAUUUACAUAAGUAUUCAGACCCUUUGCUAUGAGACUCGAAAUUGAGCUUGGGUGCAUCCUGUUUCCAUUGAACAUCCUUGAGAUGUUUCUACAACUUGAUUGGCGUCCACCUGUGGUAAAUUCAAAUGAUUUGACAUUUGGAAAGGUACACAUCUGUCUAUAUAAGGUCCCACAGUUGACAGUGCAUGUCAGAGCAAAAACCAAGACAUGAGGUCGAAGGAAUUGUCCGUAGAGCUCCGAGACAGGAUUGUGUCGAGGCACAUAUCUGGGGAAGGUUACCAAAACAUUUCUGCAGCAUUGAAGGUCCCCAAGAACACAGUGGCCACUCCUCAGUAAAAGGCACAUGACAGCCCGCUUGGAGUUUGCCAAAAGGCACCUAAAGGACUCUCCGACCAUGAGAAACAAGAUUCUCUGAUCUGAUGAAACCAAGAUUGAACUCUUUGGCCUGAAUGCUAACCGUCACGUCUGGAGGAAGCCUGGCACCAUCCCUACGGUGAAGCGUGGUGGUGGCAGCAUCAUGCUGUGGGGAUGUUUUCCAGCGGCAUGGACUGGGAGACUAUCAGGAUCGAGGGAAAGACGAACAGAGCAAAGUACAGAGAGAUCCUCCACUGGGGCGAAGGUUCACCUUCCAACAGGACAACGACCCUAAGCACACAGCCAAGACAACGCAAGAGUGGCUUUUGGCACAAGUGUCUGAAUGUCCUUGAGUGGCCCAGCCAGAGGCUGGACUUGAACCCGAUCGAACAUCUCUGGAGAGACCUGGAAAAUAGCUGUGCAGUGACGCUCCCCAUCCAUCCUGACAGAGCUUGAGAGGAUCUGCAGAGAAGAAUGGGAGAAACUCCCCAAAUACAGGUGUGCCAAGCUUGUAGCGUCAUACCCAAGAAGAAUUCAGGCUGUAAUCGCUGCCAAAGGUGCUUCAACAAAGUACUGAGUAAUUUUUAUUUUUAUAAAUAUAUACAUUUGCAAAACAUUUCUAAAAAACCUUUUUUUGCUUUGUCAUUAUGGGGUGUCGUGUGUAGAUUGAUGAGGUUUAAAUGAUUGAAUCCAUUUUAGAAUCAGGCUGUAAGUUAACAAUGGGGAGAAAGUCAAGAGGUCUGAAUACUUUCAGAAUGUACAUAUCUACCUCAAUUACCUCGUACCCCUGCACUUUGUGUAUAUAGCCAAGUUAUCGUUGUGUAUUUAUUAUUACUUUCAUUAUUACGUGUUAUAUUUUUCUAUUAUUUCUCUAUUUUCUUUCUCUCUGCGUUGUUGGGAAGGGCCCGUCAGUCAGCAUUUCACUGUUAGUCUACACCUGUUGUUUACCAAGCAUGUGAUGAAUAGAAAUGGAUUUGAUUUGAUCUCCUCAGGCCUGACCAAACCCCUCCUCCAGCUACAGAUUGACCCCAGCCUAUUCGUUGCCUCGGCCGCAAAUCACCUCUUGGCCCGCCUCCUGACUUUCAAACAACCAGCCACAACCUCACACACAACCCAGGGGAAUGGCCUCACUGUUCCACCCAAUACGGAAGAGGAGGAAUUGGCCGUAACCAUGGCGACAAGUCCAGGAAGCGGGCGUUCCGUCACCAUGGAGAUCUUGAAGCACCUGGAAAGCUCUCUGGAGUCAGACAGCCACACCCAGGUACGAUUGAUUGAUUGGUUGAUUGAGAACAUUGUUUUUUUUUUACAGCAGUGACCCUAGAGGAGAUGGGGGGGGGGGGGGGGGGGGUUGAAGACAAUGAUAAAUAUAGCUGCGAGCAGCAAUGAACGUGGUUCACAGGAUGACAGAAAGGUCACGAUCAGUUGGAUCACAAAGCAAGCAAUUAUCUUCCUUUAUGUGCAAUCAGUGAAAGCAUUACCAUGUUUAUCUCUCAAUACCACAAGGAUGACCAAGUUAAGUUUAGUGCUGUAGGUUGGUUAUCUUUGAAUGCAGCAGGUAAUCAUUCUUAGUCAUUACUUAAUGUAUUGAGUUUAUAUUCCAAUUCUGAAGUCUAUUUGACUAAUGGUUUAUGUUAAGAUUUGUGAAAUAUUUUCAGUGUUCGUGUAUUGGUAUCAGGGUUGGAACCGGUUCAUUGAACAGAACUGAUUAUUUUUUUAUUUUUUUAGAGGAACAGAACCGGGAACGAAAGUGAUCUAUACUAUUCCGGAACAGAACCAUUAUUUUAAAAGCAUGGGAACUGGUUAAUAACGUUAUUUUACGUUCCGGGCAUUUUUUUCCAGUCCCCCCCAAAAAACGCAGCAAAGAGCCAAUGCAAAGCCCUCAGUCAGUCAGUCAGUCAGAAAACCUUUGAAGGUGUGUGUAGGCUGCCUGCCCCUCCCCCUCUGAAGCAUAGGCCACUGUAGCUUACUGAUGAUACAAGCCGGAUUCUUAAUUAGAGAAGGAUGGAUUCACUUUUUCAAUGCUAGUUAAGGAUACUAUAGUUAUCACGUUUCACAUUGGAUUUAUUAACUACCGAAAGGUCAGACGUGUUUUUUAUUUUAAUUCUGGUCCACACACAAGCUGGUCCAAUGUUAAGCCAACUGUCGGAAGUUCGAAGACAUUCCGAGUUCCUUCAUAUAAGCCGCUCCGUAGUUCUAAUUCUGUGGGCCUAAUUCAGAUAAUGUUUCAGGCCAAGCCUCCUCUUCCCCCUCUCUCACUCAGUCGCAUCUCACGCCCUUCACUUGUCUGACAUCUGUCCAAUGCAUGUGUAAAUAACUAUUGCUUGCCCGCUCCGUGCUCUAUCCACAAUGAUUGGUGAAAUAAUUUAAUGUUGCGCUAAAUGUAAAAUAUAUUUCAGAGGUUUAAAAAAGGAACAGAAAGAAACUAUAUAAAGCGUUACUUUUUUGGGGUUAGAACCGGUUCAGAACUUUAUUUUGCUGGUCGGAACAGUGGAACGGAACGAAAAAAAUAAUGGUUCUGUUCAGAACUAAACUAUUGGAAACCAAUUUAUGUUCCAACCACUGAUUGGUAUAUUACAGUCAUCUUUGAAUUCUGGGACACUCAACUUUGCCAACUGCUAAUGCCAUUUAGAAUUGUUACAUAGUCAAAGUAAAUUGGUAACAGUUGUGUUUUUUAAAGAUAUCAAACUUAACAUGAUUCAUCAUGUAUGGGAUGGGCAUGAGUAAUCCAGUAAAAAAACUCCAUCUUUAACCAGAGAUCAAUUUUGUUUCAAAUACUGAAGCUAUUUGGUCAAAAUGUUGUCUUGAAGACUACGUUAAUUUGCUUUGACUCUAGUGUUCCAUUUGUUUACAUGUGCAUUUGCGGGACACAACAAAAAAUAAACCAAGCCAAGCAUCAGGCAGUUCUGCUUCCUGAAUUCCCUGUUCUGCUUCCUGAAUUCCCUGUUCUGCUUCCUGAAUUCCCUGUUCUGCUUCCUGAAUUCCCUGUUCUGCUUCCUGAAUUCCCUGUUCCGACCACUCCCUCUACACACGCGUGCUGUGUGCACCUACACAACUAAAUGCCUAUUAAAAACAUAUCAAUGGGACAAGGACGUCCCGGCCGGCCAAACCCUCCCCUAACCCGGACGACGCUGGGCCUAUUGUGCGCCGCCUCAAGGGUCUCCCGGUCGCAGCCGGCUGCCACACCGCCUGGGAUGGAACCCGGGUCUGUAGUGACGCCUCAAGCCUUCGACCGAUGCACCACUCGGCCCUAUAGCCUCUAGUUUCCCAUAUUAGAAAAAAGUUACCCAUCUAUGCUGGAGUUAUUUGACAAUGUUAAAAUAUAUAUAUAUUUAUUUAUGAGAAUAACAAUAGGUUUCACUCUGUGAACCCCUAAUAAUGAUAUUUUAUCAAGGUCUUUAUAAUGGUCUUCUAUUGUGAUGUGUCACUAGGUGCUCCAGGGGCUGAGGCUGCUGGCUCUGACUCUCCCCGAGCUGGAGGCUCCUCUCUGGGGCUCGGUGAUCAGGCGAGUCCUGAGGCCUCUGGAGGGGUUGGUCCUAGAAGGC